UUUGAAUGUGGGGAAUUUAAACUGCCCGAUCUAAAGCCUAAACAGCACCAACAAAAAGUCACCGUACCGAACUAAAAUGGACCUAAAGUGGAAGAAACGAGCUCCAAGGUUUUACAGCAUGAAGAAGGCGGCGAGGUCUCAGAUUGUCCACGCUGAUGGUGUCCAGCCAGAGGAGUAUUGCGCUCUGUGCAGAUGUAGUGAUGAUGAUCCAGCCAUGUUUGGGGAAAAGGUUUCACUCAAAGAGCAUAAAUUCUCUGUCCACUACUUCUGUUUGCUGACGGCCUGCGGUGUUUUCCAGCGGGGGCAGGAGAAUGAGGGCGUCUUUGGCUUCCUGGUCGACGACAUCAUAAAGGAGAUGCGACGGUCAGCUCGACUGACGUGUUCAGCGUGUAAGAAGAAAGGCGCGUGUAUCGGCUGCAAUGUCAAAAGCUGCAGGAAGAUGGCUCACUUGCCCUGCAGGAGGAAAAUCAAGUUCAUCUCUCAGUUCACAGGCGACUUCCCGUCAUACUGUCAGGACCACAGUCCCACUCAGACCCUGUGCAUUGGGCUGGACCUCAGUCUGCCUCAGUCCUGCUCCAUCUGUUUGGACACCAUCGAUCCCGUUCUGUCCUACUCGGUGCUUAAGUGUCCCUCCUGUCACGCUAGCUGGUUCCACCGGGACUGUGUGCAGCAUCAGGCCCACAGCGCCGGCCUCUUCUUCUUCAGAUGUACUCUCUGCAACAACAAGGACAACUUCCAGGAGGAGAUGCUGAGGAUGGGAAUCUAUAUCCCAGAGAGAGAUGCAUCAUGGGAGUUGGAGGCAAAUGCUUAUUCUGAGCUGCUUGAGGUUUACAACCAGUGCGACGCAGUCACGUGCCUCUGCAACAACGGACGCACUCACUCUGCCAUGACCGGCUGGUUUGAGGUGAUUCGCUGCCUCCUGUGUGGAUCCAAAGCCACUCACAGGAAGUGUUCCGGGCUGAACGUGAAGACCAGAGACUGGGCCUGCUUCGAGUGCACUCAAGCUACUGAUGGAAAAGCCUCUCUGGUGGCGUCUCCUCAGGGAGGUCAGAGGAAGAACCAGCUGUCCAAACGCCGCCUGUCCUCUCUCUACUCCUCCGUCGUCUGUAAACGGCCAGCCUUACCCAUCAGCUCACCAGAGGAGCUCCUCCAGGUGCUGUCCCCACAGCUCAGUCCUGUCACAGUCCAGGUGGAGGUACACGGGGACCAGGCUCUGUCAGCCGGCCUCGCCCUCAUCAGGAGGAACGACUUCAACCCCACACACACGCUGGCUGUCAGCUUCAAAGACGACCAGCAGAUUGCGUUUCCCAGCAGCCUGUGCAACGCCAGUACAGCCAGGCAGUACUUCCUGAAACUGCUGGUGCAGCAGAUCCAGGACUCAGCUGUGUUUGAGGGUCCGGAAGGAUCCAAAAACCUGGCGCUGGACUCCCAAGCUCUCCGGGACGACCUGUACUUUGACACUGGCUGCCUGCUGGCGUUGUCGCUGGUCCACGGCGGUCCUCCCAUUACAUUCUUCUCCCGCGCUCUGUACCAGUGUCUAUUCAACUACCCGGCCAACACGCCGUUCACCAUCACACAGAUGACACCCAACACGCACCUCACACGCCAAGUCAGCCAGAUAGCGGAGGCGGAGACUUUGGAUGAGCUGAAGGAGGUGGCGACAGCGAACUGGGAGUUCCUGGAGCUGGCCGGGUGCAAUCGACCAAUCAGCAGUCUGGAGGAAAGAGGUCUAGUGGAGGAUCUGGUCACCUUCACACUGAUCACCAGGAUGCAGCUGCCACUGCAGAGGUUUCGGGAAGGACUGCAGACUUUAGGUGUCUUUGACCAGGUGCAGCUCUUUCCAUCAGUCUUCUGCAGCAUUUUGUGCGAAGCAGCUGUUCAGCUCACAGCACAGACGGUUGGUGAGCUUUUUGCCAUAAAAUUCUCUGAGAGUGCAGAUCUCAUGGACAGAGAGAUGCCUGUUGUCACCUUCUGGAGACACCUGCUGGUCGAGUGUGAAGUCGGGAGGAGCUCCAUCUCCCUGCAGGACCUCCUCCGUUUCACUACAGGAGCUGAACAGCUGCCGACAAGCGGCCUCCUCCCUCCUGCUUCCAUCUCCUUCCUCCACCCCCUCAGAACUGAGGAGGGAUGGAGGAAUGAGGCUCUGUUCCCUCACAGCAGGCCCAGCUCCAACCAUCUCCUUCUGCCAGUCAUCUCUUCCUAUCAGGCCUUCAAAAGCUCCAUGGAGCAAGCCAUCAGCCACCAUGUGCACCUCCUCCCAAGAGACAGCUAGAGGAGGUAGAGGGAGAUGUUUCUGGACUUUCUUUCUUUCUUUUUGGGUAAACAUAGAAGUACAACCCCAAUUCCAAAUGAAGUUGGGACAUUUUUAAAAAUG